AUGGCUUCCGCCUCGCAAGAUGCGUUCUUGACGGAGCUCCCGACCGAGAUUGCCAGCACCAUACAAGCAAGCCAUAUUAGAAGCAAUCCGGACCCCGCCGUCGACAUGGCACCAGGCACUGCCGCCGAUGACAAGGAGGUUCUGGACGAAAAGUACGACUAUGACGCGCUGCGAAACAAUGCCGCCGAGCAGCUCGACGACAUUGAUGAUGACGAUGAGGAUAUCCCAUAUAGCGUCCUCAAGCGUCCGCGUCGUCAGCGUCAGGUGCUGCCGCCUCUGCCUGACCUGCGCUUCGAGCAGAGCUACCUCAAGAGCAUCGCGGCGGCCGACACAUGGUGGAAGAUUGCGCUCAUCACCACACGAGACCAGGUCAUCAUGCCUCUAGCGCAAGGAAUUAUCUACAACCUGUUGCUUUGCGGCUGGCAAGAGUGGAAUCGCAAUGCCAAGGUCCAUGGCAACUCUGUCGGCGCCCGAGUCCGCAGAUGGUGGUACGGCGUCAACAACUGGACAGUUCCCAGCAAUGGCCAGCAUCGCCACUACCGUAGAUGA